GGAUCCACCUGAUGCGUCACCCUGCCCUCACGGGCGUCGCGUAGCGCCGGCGGGCGGGAGGUUCGAUUGCGGAGGACGGCGAUGGCGGCGGAGCGGCGGCGCCGGGCGGGCGGCGGCCUGAGCGGGCUCCUGCUCCGGAUACGUGAAGAAGGAAAGGACAGAAUCCCCGAACAUCCCUAUCUCUAUGAGACUGAUGUAGAGAUCUCACUGGUUGGUGGCAGUUGCAAAAGUCCUGUUGAUAAAUUUUGGAAUGGAAGCAGUGCAAUGUACAUUUUGCAGAAAGCUACACACAAUGAAGAAAGCAACUCCAUGGAGGAAUCAAGAACAGAUGAUGCUGUUUAUGCCUCUGAGGUUUUGCCAAAGGAGAGUCCUGGACCCCUGGCUCUUUCUGUUGCAAGAGCAAAGCAGUUGAUUUCCUUGUACACAACGGUGCAAAACCCAAACAUGACCUACCUGGGGAUGAGUGACCUGGUUGUGCUUCCUCCCCUCUGGGCCAGGUGUGAUGGUUCUGAUCCUCAGCACACCUGCUGGAUUGGAGCUGAGCCUCUCAAGGCUGGAAACAAAGUCACAGGGCUCAAUAUUUACCUGGUUUCAUGUGAUGGUCCUACAGCUGAUAAAACCCGUUUUCCAAACCUGGAAGAACUCAAAAUGGAACAUAAAAUAAGGCAUCAUUCAUCUGUUGUGACAACAAAAGGGUUUGCUCAGUAUGAGCUGAUUGCAGCUGCUGCAAUAGAGGACACCAUUGCAGAAUCUGGAAGCAGCAUCUAUGUGGAUAUCACAUGGAAUGGUGUGGAAAAGAUUCUGGAGACUCCCCCACUGAUCUCUGCUGCCACCCUGAAUAUUGCCCUGGAGUCGGGAGACCCCAGAAGUCCUGUGUUCCAGCUGUACCGAGAGCUGCAGUUCCUCUUGGUUUUGGCUGAAGGUCUGAAGACGGGUGUGACUGAGUGGCCUGAGCCAUCAGAGUCUGAAUCAGCUCUUAAACUGGUCCAGGAAUUUCUGACUGAUUUAAAGAAGAAGCUGGAUGGAGAUUAUAUAUUUGAAAACAAGAAUGAAACAGAGAAAAUCAAAUGUGACACAGCUGCUGUGGACAGUUGCAUAAAAUCAAUCUUUGGUGAGCGAGGAGACCUGGAUUUUACUGAGCAAUUAUGGUGCAAAAUGAAAAUUGUCAGUUCCUAUCAGGAGUUAAUAGACUGUUUCGCACUGGUCAUAAAAUCCCUGGAACGUGGUGAGAUACAGCCAUGGAUUCAUCAGGGGAGUAGCAGUUCCUUAAGUCAAUUGAUCCAGCAGUCCUACCAUGGAAAGAUGGAGGAUGUUUCCCUCCGCGACAUCGCUCCCAUUCAGAUGCUCCUGGAGGUUGGCUUGGAGAAGAUGAAGAAGGAUUAUGUCAGUUUUUUCAUAGGCCAGGAACUUGCAACAGUAACCUACUUGGAUUACUUCAUUUCCACAUCAGUGGAUGUCCAGGAACAAGUCCACCGUGUUCAAAAGCUUCACCAUAUGCUGGAAAUAAUGGUCAGCUGUACAGGCUUACUGCAGUUCAGACAUGAGAACCUCUUCCCUUUGACACAGAUUUGCAUGAAGUAUUACAAGGAAAACCCUCUGAAUGAGAAGCAUGUGUUUCAGCUGCCCAUCAGACCGGCUCUUGUCAAGAAAUUCUAUCAAAAUGAUAACCCUGAAGUCUGGAAGGUGGAGAUAAGCAGUGGGCAUGGACAGAAGGAGGUUAAAACAACGUGGCAAGUCAGUACCAAUGCUCCUGUUGAACAUCGGACAUCACACAAUUCAGGUUUCUUGUCUGACUCCACAGUAAAUGGAAGCAGUGAAGAAAGGCUGUAUUUUAUUACCAUGACUCAGUGCAGUCAGGUGCAGUUCACUUAAGUUUGUGUUACUGAGCAAGCAGGACUGGAAAGCAGGGUAGUACAUAUGUGGAGUUUUCUGCCUAGAAAUCUGACAGCACUGCUAAAUAACUUCUGAUGGAGAAUUUUUGACUGCAUCAGUAAGUCCAGUUGGAGUUUGUGGAACGCUUUAGAAACAGUAAUUGAGGCUGUUCCCACUUUCAAUAUCUGAAUAGCUCUGUAUUAAACAGAUCCCUAUUUUACAGAAUCAAAGUGUCAUUUCUGUACCAUAUUCAUACAAGUUGUUUCCAGAAAUUCAAUGUGACGUUUGCACAUAAAUCAAAGAAGAAGGAAAAAAAAAAUCAAAAUUAGCAGCUGACAUCACCUCUCUUGGAUUUGGGAAUCCAUUUGCACUGAUAAUCUUUUUAUAGUAGUCAACAGAUGCCUUUGGGUACCGUGGUUUGUUCUUGUUUUUGAAGUCAA